CCGCUAGGGGAGACGGUGCGGGCGGCCGGGAGCGCAGCCACCCGGGGAGGCGGGCCAUGGCCUCGGGGCCGCCCGGGGAGCGGCUGCGCGAGGAGGCGCGGUGCCCCGUGUGCCUGGAUUUCCUGCAGGAGCCGGUCAGCGUGGACUGCGGCCACAGCUUCUGCCUCAGGUGCAUCUCCGAGUUCUGCGAGAAGUCGGACGUCGCGCAGGGCGGCGUCUACGCCUGUCCGCAGUGCCGGGGCCCCUUCCGGCCCGCGGGCUUCCGCCCCAACCGGCAGCUGGCGGGCCUGGUGGACAGCGUGCGGCGGCUGGGGCUGGGCGCGGGGCCCGGGGCGCGGCGGUGCGCGCGGCACGGCGAGGAGCUGAGCCGCUUCUGCGAGGAGGACCAGGCGGCGCUGUGCUGGGUGUGCGACGCCGGCCCGGACCACAGGACGCACCGCACGGCGCCGCUGCAGGAGGCCGCCGGCCGCUACCAGGUAAAGCUCCAGAUGGCUCUGGAACUUGUGAGGAAAGAGCUGGAGGAUGCCUUGACUCAGGAGGCCAGUGUGGGGAAAAAGACUGUCAUUUGGAAGGAGAAAGUGGAAAUGCAGAGGCAGCGCUUCAGGUUGGAGUUUGAGAAGCAUCGUGGCUUUCUGGCCCAGGAGGAGCAACUGCAGCUAAGGCGGCUGGAGGCGGAGGAGCGAGCGACGCUGCAGAGACUGCGGGAGAGCAAGAGCCGGCUGGUCCAGCAGAGCAAGGCCCUGAAGGAGCUGGCAGAUGAGCUGCAGGAGAGGUGCCAGCGCCAGGCCCUGGGUCUGCUGGAGGGUGUGAGAGGAGUCCUGAGCAGAAGUAAGGCCGUCACAAGGCUGGAAGCAGAGAGCAUCCCCAUGGAACUGAAGACAGCGUGCCGCAUCCCUGGGAGGAGGGAACUGUUGAGGAAGUUCCAAGUGGAUGUAAAGCUGGAUCCCGCCACGGCGCACCCGAGUCUGCUCUUGACCGCCGACCUGCGCAGUGUGCAGGAUGGAGAACUAUGGAGGGAUGUCCCCAACAACCCUGAGCGAUUUGACACGUGGCCCUGCAUCCUGGGUUUGCAGAGCUUCUCAUCUGGGAGGCAUUACUGGGAGGUUCUGGUGGAAGAAAGAGCAGAGUGGGGUUUAGGGGUCUGUCAAGACACGCUGCCGAGAAAGGGGGAAACCACACCGUCUCCUGAGAACGGGGUCUGGGCCCUGUGGCUGCUGAAAGGGAAUGAGUACAUGGUCCUUGCCUCCUCAUCGGUGCCUCUUCUCCUACUGGAAAGUCCUCGCUGCAUUGGGAUAUUCUUGGACUAUGAAGCCGGUGAAAUCUCAUUCUACGACGUCACCAAUGGAUCUUAUAUCUACACAUUCAACCAACUCUUCUCUGGUCUUCUUCGGCCUUACUUUUUCAUCUGCGAUGCAACUCCUCUUAUCUUGCCACCCAUGACAGUAGCAGAGUCGGGAAAUUGGGCAUCCAGGGAUCAUUUAGAUCCUGCUUCUGAUGUAAGAGAUGAUCAUCUCUAAAAUUCUGUUCCCAAGAUGCAGUCCCAGCCUAGCAAACGUUCCUGGAGUGGGGUGAAGGAUAUCAAUAUACUAAGUUUUAACAGAUACCCCCAUUUAGGUCAGCACUUGAUUCCUUGUUGCUGCAAAAUAUUUCCAUGGGACAAAAGAGGGAAUACGCAAUAUUUGCAUAUGGGAAGAUUAUAGAGCAUAAUAAUUUUAUAAAUGCAGCAAUCUCAACCUCUAUUUCUAGAUCACAUUUUCUUGAUGAGUCUUCCUUCAAAUUAAUGACCUUGGAUUACAUAAGGAUUUCUAUACCUGCAUUAUAAUUUGUUAUUCCUUUCAACAUCCUUGUAUUCCAAGUCUUCCAUAUAAGAAUUAGACAUGGCAAUUCCUAAACUGAUUCAGAAUGGUCUGAUACUAUUCCAGUAUCACAUCCAUACUUCUGUUUCUCCUCCUUUUCCUGAUUUUUCUUCUCAUUCUCUCCUUCCCCCCUCUAUCUCUUGUUCCCUGUCACUCUCUCUCUCUGUCUCUCUCUUGUUCCUUAUUUUUUGUUUCUUACCUCUUACUGUUUAACCUGUUGCUUCCUUCUAGAUUAAUACAUUUAGAGCCAUUCCUUUAUACAGUCACAUUUCCUAUGACUUUACUCAGUUACUUUUAAAGUCCUUUUUAUUCUGGGACUGAUUUUUAAGAAUUACAAAGCUCAUUCCUCUGAAUCUAAUAUCACUGACUGCUAGACUUUUUCCUUUUCUUUGGAUACCCUUUAGGAAUUUAUCAGAAUUUUCAUUCAACUCGUUCUUUAACGUAGAUAUUUAUUAGUUUUAAGACCUUAAGGCUGGGCGCAGUGACUCAUGCCUGUAAUCCCAGCACUUUGGGAGGCUGAGGUGGGUGGAUCACAAGCUCAGGAGUUCGAGACCAGCCUGGCCAAUAGGUAAAACUCUGUCUCUACUUAAAAAAAAAAAAAUACAAAAAUUAGCUGGGUGUGGUGGCAGGAGCCUGUAAUCCCAGCUAUUUGGGAGGCUGAGACAGGAGAAUUGCUUGAACCCUGGAGGCAGAGGUUGCAGUGAGCCGAGAUCGUACCACUGUACUCCAGCCCAGUGCGAGACUCCGUCUCAAAAAAAAAAAAAAAAAAAAAAAAAAGACCUCAAACAACACUUCUCUCUCUCUCUUUUAGCUGCUUGUUAUGGUUCCCAUAUGUGGAACAAUUGUACUGGCCUCGCAGUGGUAUGGUAAAUAUUUAAGGUCAUAUUUGAUAUUGCUGGUUUGAAUUCAGCUUUUCCAUUUAAAUACAUUAUAAUAAUGAUGAAAUGAUGAUAAUAUUUAACUUAUUUUUAAAGUAUAUUCUAUACCUUUCCAACAGAAGUUUUAAAAGUCAUUUAAGGCUAACCUUGCUGCCUUCUUUGUAUCACUGUCUUCUAAUAAUUGUUAUGGCCGGGCGCGGUGGCUCAUGCCUGUAAUCCCAGCACUUUGGGAGGCCGAGGCAGGCGGAUCACGAGGUCAGGAGAUCGAGACCACGGUGAAACCCCGUCUCUACUAAAAAAAUACAAAAAAUUAGCCGGGCGUGGUGGUGGCGCCUGUAGUCCCAGCUACUUGGGAGGCUGAGGCAGGAGAAUGGCGUGAACCCAGGAGGCGGAGUUUGCAGUGAGCUGAGAUGGCGCCACUGCACUCCAGUCUGGGCGAAGAGCGAGACUCCGUCUCAAAAAUAAUAAUAAUAAUAAUAAUAAUAAUAAAUAAUAGUUAUACAAAUACUAAAAUGUUUAAAUGGUAACCAAAUAUUAAUUAAUGGCAAAUUAUUUCACAUUAUCUGACAAUAAUCUGCAGAAGGUUUAAUUUUCCUCCUCAAUUUGAAGUUCAAGAUGUUUUUCUCUUCCAGGGAGAUUUUUUCGACUGACAUCUUUAACUUACCUUCCGAUCAUAUUAUUAACGUAGCCUUCUUCCUAGAUUUUUAAAAUUGAUCAUGAGCGAACACUUCUACUCUCUGUGUUAGAUUUGCAAACAGAGGGAAUAACGCAUCCUCAUGUCCCUCCUCUUGGUGUUCCGCGGGCUGGUGUGCCCUAGCCCUCCCUCGUGCAAGGUCUGUGUAGGGAAGGUGGCCUUCGGCUCAGCCACAGCAUCCCUUCCCCCAGGGAUCAGGAGGGUGGCCUGAGAUACCCCUUCCAUGGGGCACCACCCAUUCACUGAGACGGGGAAACCCUGGGUGGGAGGGAGAACACGUCCAUGUGUCUUCUACUCUCUCCAUAGAGUGGAACGAGAGGCCCAGGAGUAUCCAUUUCCCACCGUGUAGCCCAGUACUCUGGUCUCACUGUCUCUGCUGAAUGCUGUCUCACUGUGCAUUUUAUUAUGGUUUAUGUCAGUCAGUAGACCUAUGUGAGUCUUCAUCUCUUGCAUUCUUAGGUUCACAGUUUUGUGUGUCUCCUGUAAUGACCUCUUUCCCUUUCCAACUCCUGAAAGGUUUCCACUAUUUCCUCUGGAACUUUGUUUCAUUACCAGCAAAAUCCUCUACAUCCAUACCCAUUUCCUGGCUUUCCCUCUCCUUUCCUCUGAAUGCGUCUUUUAUAUUCAGCUGUCCACUUGACAUUAAAAUAGACACUUUAAACUCAAUUUGCCUAAAACUUAACCACAAAUUUCUCCCCAAGUCUCUUCCUAACUGCAACCACAAAAACCACAGGCUGCUCCCUGUCACUGGGUGGCAGCUCCAUUCUUCUGAUUGCUUAGGCCAGGCGUCCAACUGAGUGCUUUCUUGACUUCUGCAGCCCACAUCCAGUCCAUCAGCAAGCCCUGUUGGUCCUACCUUCAGAAUAUGUCUGGCGUUCAGUUGUCCUGGCCACCCUGCUGCUGUAACCAUGGUCGGAACUCCAUCCUGCCACUCUGGAUUAUGACUUUCGUUUCCUCACAGUGGUCCUGCUUGAGCUCUAGGCCCUUCCACUCCCAUUCUCUCUACAGCAGCUGGGCUGAUCCUUUUAGCACCCAAGGAUAUGUUGGCAUCACAGUGACCCAGAUGGUGAUACCAUCACAAUGAUGAGUGAAAGUCAGAAUCCUCACAGUGAACCCCCAGGCCCUAGAGGUUCUGAACCCCCAUCCCUCCUCUGAUUCUCUCUUCCUCCCGCACUUCUCUUUGCAUUCUGCUCCAGCUGCCCUGGCCUCAUGGCUGGGUUUCCACCAAAGCAGGCGCUUCCCAUCAUAGGGCCGUUCCCCCCGCUGUGGCUUCUGCUUGAAAUUCCCUUUUCCCUGAUGUCCCUUGACUCAUUAUUCCCUUUCUUCCUUUGAGUCUUCUGAGAUCCAGCCUCUCAGUGAUGCCGUAUAACCCUACUCACCCCAGAGCCCGUCCGGAGCUCACCUUUCCAGUUGCCCUUGCUGGGCUCAGUGGAGGCUCUUUGUUCCCCAUAGAGUACGUGUCAUCUAGUGUACUAUAUUGUUCUCUUAUUUAUUAGGCUUGUUUUAUUUAUUUAUUUAUGUUUUGCCUUUUGUGCUAAAUGUAAACACCCCAAGCGGUGGUAUCUUUGUCUCUUGACAAUGAUACAUUCAGUGUUUCUCAAGCACCUCCAAUGCUGGUUUGUUAUCAAUCUGUAUUUUUUGAAUAAAUAAAUGAUUGACUAUCUGGA